AUGGCUGUUACUGAAACUGCUGCUGGGCGCACGGCGUCGAGGGUGCAGCCUGGCGCUGCUCCUCCUCCUGACAGCUCAAUCGAAGACCAUUUCUUCUGGACAUACACCGAAGAACCACAUAGAACACGGCGCCAGGCUAUCAUCAAAGCCCAUCCAGAGGUGCUGAAGCUCUGCGGCCACGAACCUCUCACCAAAUACCUCGUCUUCGCCGUUGUCUCGCUCCAGAUCGCAUGUGCAUACUUCCUACGCAAUACCUCCAUGCUGUCAUGGCAGUUCUUUGUUACUGCGUACGUCGUGGGUGCUACUGCAAACCAAAAUCUGUUCCUCGCCAUACACGAAAUCUCACACAACCUCGCCUUCAAAUUGCCUCUGGCUAACCGACUUCUGGCCAUUGUGGCCAAUUUGCCCAUUGGAAUACCAUACUCUGCUUCAUUUCGACCAUAUCAUCUGACCCACCACAAGUCCCUUGGUGUGGCCGGUCUGGACGCUGACCUUCCAACGGCCCUCGAAGCAUUCUUUCUUGAUUCCUUACUUGGCAAAACGUUUUUCUGCACCUGUCAAAUCCUCUUCUACGCCAUCAGGCCCAUGUUCAUCUAUACCCCCAAGUUCACCUAUAUCCAUCUCAUCAACAUCAUUGUGCAAAUCUUAUUUGAUAUUGCGCUAUGUAGAUUCACCAACUCCCUCCAACCGUUCUACUACCUUAUCCUAAGCUCUUUCCUGGCCGGCUCAUUGCACCCAUGUGCUGGCCACUUCAUUGCUGAACAUUAUUUCUUCUCUCGCAUCAAGACCGGGGGAACUGAAUCUCUGCUCGCCCUCAGACAACAAAAGGAACAGCAGUCCAUGAGUAUCAAACCCGUUGAUCCUUCUAUCCCACCGCCCGAAACAUACUCCUAUUAUGGUACCUUGAAUAUCCUGACAUAUAACGUCGGUCUUCAUAACGAGCACCAUGACUUCCCAGCUGUUCCAUGGUCACGACUUCCCAAACUACACGAGAUUGCAAAGGAGUAUUAUGAAACUCUUCCCUGUCAUCGUAGCUGGGUCUGGGUGAUCUGGAUGUUUAUCCUGGACAAGGAUGUUGGCAUGUGGUGUCGUGUUAAACGUGCCGAGGGGGGCAGGAUUGUUGGUGGUGAUAAGAAAGCUUCCAAAGUUGACAGUGGAUGGACCGAAAACGAGAUUCAGAACUGA